AUGGUCGACGUGCUCGUCUUAGGUGCUACAGGUUACACUGGAAAGCUCAUCACACGCUACCUUGCUGUGCACCGCGAACGAGGCUCCUUUACGUUCGGUCUUGCAGGACGUUCAAAGUCUAAGCUCGCACAACUUGUAUCUGAUCUCAACAUCCCGGAAAUUCAGACGUAUACAGUCGACGUCACGGAUGAUGAGUCAUUGUCUUCGCUCCUUUCUUCCUCCCGCGCGAAAGUGCUGCUGAGCACAGUUGGGCCGUAUAUGAGAUGGGGCAUGCCUGUAGCGCGUGCGUGUGCUCGUUCCGGCGUGCACUACGUGGAUAUCGAUGGAGAGGCACCAUUCGUGAAGGACUUGAUCAUGGAAGUGGAUUAUUUGGCGACAAAGACAGGGAGCAUACUCGUUCCUUCGAGUGGAUUUGAUUCUGUACCUGCGGACUUGUUGGUGUACCUUUCGGCAAUUACGAUGAGGAAGGCGUUGAAUGAAGUUGAUGCGACGAACUCAAGUGAAUGGGAGAACGUGGGUAUUACCGAGUCUCACACGAUGUAUAGUGCCAAGGGAGGUGUCUCGGGUGGCACACUCGCCACUGUGUUCUUAUUGCUCGAGAGCUUUCCUCGGAAGAAACUCGCUAAACUUAUGGCACCAGACGUUUUGAGCCCCAUCAAACUCCGAACACCGUCAUCGCCGAAGCUGGUUUACACAUUCCCUGGUAUCCGUUCAGGUCGAUACGGACAUGCAUGGCCUCUUGGUCCACAUAACGUCGCCAUCGUACAGCGUUCGCAUGGAUUAUUCCACUUACAAGCAUCUGCGGGCAUUCAAGACGAGGAAGUCGAAAGGCCAGCGUAUGCAGAGAAUUUUAUGUACACCGAAUCGCAGGCCGCUUCAAACCAGUUUGUCGCAUUCUUCGCCGGACUUGGUCUCAUGCUCCGCGCAGCUUGUCUAGUUCUGUUCCCUCCUAUACGAUGGCUCGCGAAACGGCUUGUAAUUCAACCUGGUCAAGGGCCAUCAGAUGAAGUUCUCCAGAACGGAUACGUAAAGAUGCAAAAUAUCAGUGUCUCAUCACCUCUCCCAGGCACAAACAAGUCUCUUAUUAUUGAGAGUUUUGCACGUGGACGUGGAGAUCCCGGCUAUGCACUUACAGCUGUGAUGUCCGCGGAAGUAGCACUUGGUCUCCUAGCACCACGCGAAAAGUUACCAGCGAUAGCACGUUCAGGAGGUGUACUGACUCCUGCGACUGCACUUGGAUCGGCCUUGUUGAAGAGGCUUUCAGCGAGUGGGAGGUUUGAGUUUGAGAAUAAUGUCCGAGAGGAUUAAUUAGGACAGUACAUCGCAUUGUCUCCUUAGUGUUUUAUUUUUCACUAUGUGAAUUGACUGAUUAUGAUUUAUCUUAAAAGUGUCAACUUGGAUUCUUUUUCUGGUCUAUGCGUUGUAUGAUUGUAAUUUACGUCUGGGCCAAUAGUGAUCUGGAA